UGCUGGAGAGCCAGCUCCCAGUCAGGCAGAGACUAGACAGGAUGUUCUGUGGGACUGGGCAGAUGUGUGCCCCACAGGGCCUGCUGCCUUUGUCACUGCCCCCUCCUGAGCGGCGGGUUUGCUUUAAAGACCCUGGCUUCCUUUUAUUACUUCCCCUCUCAAAUUUCAGCUGGCUGCAAGGGCUAUUUUUAGCAGCCUGCCUUCUAAAAAUAGCCCUGAGCUGUUUGGAGUUGCGUCACAAGAGGUAACUCUGGCAGUGAGUGGCUUGGCCUCUGCACCCCAGGAGGGUACAAAAGGAGACCGGGAGCAGCAGGGUCAGCAGGUUCAGCCACAGCCGGAGGCAAAGGAGGCAGCGAUUCCCUGGCAGCCUCAGGCCAUCCCAGCCCGGCAGCAUGACCAUCUUCUGCAGCCACUGCCACCGGCCCCUGCAGGCAGAGAUGAGCUGCCUGUCCACGAGGGCCAAGCAGGCGCCCAGUGCUUCAAGGCCCUUCAGGUCAACCAAGAGUGCUUCCAAGGCUCGCCGAGACCAGAUCAAUGUGGAGCUGCAGGCGCUGCGCUCCCUGUUGCCCAUCUCUGCACAGGAGAAGGAGCGGCUCUCCUACCUGCACACCAUGGCCCUGGUGUGCCUCCGGCUGCGGGGGGCUCAGCUGUUCCCUCCAGGCUUGCCUCCUCCUGCAGGACCAGCCCUUGGCACAGAACUUCUCUCCCUGCUCCCGGGGUUUCUGCUUGUGCUCUCAGUAGAGAGCAAGCUGGUCUACAUCUCAGACAACGUGGCUCAGGUGCUGGGCCUCUCCGUGGUGGAGCUGCUUGCCCAGGGGGACACGGUCUUUGACAUCCUGGAUGGGCAAGUGGGAGAGGAUGUGCACAAGAAGCUCCUCCUUGCCCGGGAGGAGCCUGGCAGGGAAGUCACUUUUGUCAGCGAGAUGCGCACAUCCAAGGCCUUCCGGCUGCAGCACGGGGGGAAUCGGGUCAUGGCAGUGUGCGGGCGCUUUGUGGCCCUGCACUGGCCACCCUUCCCGUCCACCACAGCCUUCCUGGCCCUCUGCACACCCCUUGUGCAGUCACCCACAGAUGGUGAAGCUGCUUCCCAGGACGACGUAUUCCAGAGCAUGCAUCUCCUGGACAUGACUUUUAUUGAUGUCACGGAGAGUGUCACCUACCACCUAGGCUACCACAGGGAGGAGCUGGUCGGUCAGUCGUGGUACAGCCUCCUGCACCCUGAGGAUGCUGACCUGGCAGCUGCCCAGCACAGGGCCGUGGCGCUGGAGGCCGGGGCUGGGCCCGCAGCGGGGACCGCCGUGCUGCGGGCGCUGCACAAGGACCGCGCCUGGACCUGGCUGCGCGUGUGGGCGCGGCGGGACGGCGGCUGCAUCACCUGCACCUGCCGCUGCCUCAGGGAGGAGGAGGCGGCCCACCUGCGCUCCCGGCAGCCCCGCGCCGCCGCGCCGCCCGGGGGCCGGGACCUGGGCCGGCUGGCCGAGCAGCUCCGCGCCCUGGCCGACAGCCUCUCGCCGCCCGCCGCGCCCCGCCGCUGGCCGCGCCCCGAGGAAGCCGAGGACAAUACCUCUUCCUGCUUUGGGGACUCCGUGCUGCAGCCACCCCAGUUGCUCUGGUUUCCUUUUGAACAGAGAAUAGGCUGCAGCAUUCCAGGUGUGCUGUCACAGGUGUCGAGUCUACAGAGAUGCUGACAUCCCUCGGUCUGCUGCCUGUACCUUUCCUAACCACACAUGGUUACACAGAGCCUGCUGGUCCACAUGGAGGCCAAACCCUCGUUUUAUACACUUAGUGCUCAUAUUAGAAACUUUGUCUAGGCUGUGAUAAAUCCAGCAUCAGGACGACUCGGUCUAGCAGUGCAGGGGGAUCCAGCUCUUGCACUUAAAACACUUAUUGACUACUUAGUUGGGUAUCUCCAGGGCCUUUUUGUACAUGACCCAUUCCUCAGAAAGGAACGAUUUUUGCUUUUAAAAAAAAAAAAAAAAAGAC